CUAUUAAGUUGUGAUCUUCGAUUCUUCCGAGGUUUUCGUUUUCGUGAUCGUUUGGAGUACGUACGCUUGUUUUGGGAAAAGAUUAACGGAAAUGGAUUGCUCGGUAUGUAGCACGAUGCCGUAUAAUUUGAGGCCUCCACGAAACACCAUAUGUGUAGCUUGUUAUGAAGGUGCCAAAAGUAUUAUCGCCAUGACAAAUAAGAUCGAUGAUCAUAAGGUUUCCGGGAAAUUUUCGGGCGAAACUUCCGUACCCGGUUCUUCGAAGGGUUUUUUGAGUUCUUUGAAAUGGUUGAAGGAGAUGAAGAAAAUGGAAGAAGAAAGUAAUCAGAAAUUGGGAUUUUUAAGUGGAUUUAUAGAUGCAUUCAGAGAUCAGAUUCAUACAGACAUUCUUAUCAAGCCUGGUAAUGAUGCUGCCUCCAUACCUGCACAUAGAGCUUUACUGGCAACGAGGUCGAACAUAUUCAAAAACAUGUUGGACUCAGAUGGAUGCAAAGCCGCACCAAAUGACAUGAUUACCCUCCCUGAACUGAAUCAUGAAGAAGUUGAAUCACUGUUAGAAUUCCUAUAUAGUGGUGACUUGUGCAAAGAAAAGCUCGAUAAACAUCUGUAUUCAUUAUCCAUCGCAGCAGACAAGUACGAAAUCACAUUCUUACAGAAGUUCUGUGAGAAUCGAAUGCUUGAAAUCCUCAACGCAAGUAAUGCGCUCGACAUUCUAGAGAUUUCAGACACUACUUGUAACCGCAGCUUGAAGGAUACUGCAUUGAGUUUUGUUGUUAAGAACAUGGAGGAUAUAGUUUUCGCAACUAGAUUUGAUGUGUUUGCACUCAAGAACCCGCAUUUGACCGUUCAGAUUACAAGGGCGUCGUUUAUGGAUAUCAAAAAUAGAAGGAAUGACGUUUGAGCUACAAAAGGAGACCGACAAA